AUGGAUAGCCGCACGAUCGGGUCAGGCGACCCGAGCAAUGGCGAUUUCGGAGCGGGAGACGCGAAGUGGACCUGGGAAGAGGACAAGCAAUUCGAAAACUGCCUGGUCGAUUUUCCGGAGGAUUUUCCCGAUCGGUGGGGGCAAAUCGCGGCCAGGAUCGGGACGAAAUCGGCGGCGGAUGUUGAGCGCCACUACGCCGUUUUGUUGGAGGACUUGAGGGCUAUUGAGUCGGGGCUGAUCGAGUCGCCGGAGUACAGGGAUAGGGACGUGGGCCGGUCGUCGGAGCCGCAGAAAUGCCCUAAAUCGGAGAAGAAGCAAGCCGGCGGCGGCGCCCAGAGGAAAACGGGCAGGCCGUGGACCGAGGAUGAGCAUAGGUUGUUUCUUCUUGGGCUGGAAAAAUACGGAAAAGGAGAUUGGAAAAGCAUUUCAAGAUACAUGGUCCUAACAAGAAACCCUACUCAAGUUGCAAGUCAUGCACAAAAGCACUUUGAGCGUCAGGAAAAAGAGGAGCAAAGCAAGAAAAGACGAAGCAUUUUCGACAAUUCCAUUGCUGAUAACAGUUCUGUGACCAAGUUCGCCAACUGA